AUGAAGGAGGCAAAAGCAGUUGAAGAGGAACUAAAGCCAAAAAAGGAGCCUUUGGAUUUAUUGAGAACCAGAACAGGAGGUGCUUACAUUCCUCCGGCUAAGUUGCGAAUGAUGCAGGAUCAAAUAAUUGACAAGGAAGGUGAACAAUAUCAGCGAAUGAACUGGGAGAGGUUAAAGAAGAAAAUUCAUGGAUUGGUAAACAAGGUAAACACCGGGAAUCUUGUUUCUGUUGUCAGGUCACUCCUACAGGAAAACAUUAUUCGCGGGAAAGGACUGCUGGUAAGAUCGAUUAUGCAAGCGCAGGCCUUUUCUCCUGUGUUUUCUCAUGUCUACGCCGCGUUCGUUGCUGUGAUAAAUUCGAAGUUUCCUCACAUCGGUGAACUGCUGUUGCGAAGGUUGAUUGUACAGUUUAAGCGUUCUUUUCGAAGGAAUGAUAAAGGUACCACUGUCACUGUAUCCAAAUUCAUUGCUCAUCUCAUAAACCAAAGAGUGGCUCAUGAAGUUCUUGCUUUGGAGAUCAUGAUUUUGAUGAUGGAAACGCCCACAGACGAUUCUGUUGAAGUUUCAAUAGCAUUCCUAAAGGAGUGCGGCGCUAAAUUGUUAGAGGUGUCCCCCCGUGCUCUGGACACAGUAUUUACACGUCUUCGAGGGAUUUUACAAGACGGAGACUCUAAUAAUCUCGAUAAGCGUGUUCAGUACAUGAUUGAAGUUGUUAUGACGAUAAGGAAAGACCAGUUUAAGGCAUAUCCAGCGGUUAUUGAUGAUCUGGACCUUAUUGACGAGGAGGACCAAAUCACUCAUACGAUUUCUUUGGAAGAUGCAGUAAAUCCCGAGAAUGAACUGAAUAUUUUCAAAAUGGACCCGGAUUUCUCGAAGAAUGAAGAGCAGUACGAAGAGAUUCGAGCUGAAAUCAUUGGUGAUGCUGAUGAUAGUGACGAAGGUAGUGGUGACGAUGACACUGAUACUGGGCAAACUACUACUGGUUCGGCAACUACUGAAAUUAUCGAUAACACUGAGCAAAACCUUGUGGCUUUUCGUCGUGAAGUUUAUCUCACAAUCCAGUCGUCGCUUGAUUUUCAGGAAGCUGCUCACAAACUUUUGAAGAUGAAGGUUUCCAAGGAAUUUGAAUUAUGUCACAUGCUUGUGGAUUGUUGCUGUCAACAGCGAACGUACGAGAGGUUUUAUGGUCUUCUUUGCGAAAGAUUCUGUCGUCUUCGAAAAGAAUAUCAGAUGACAUUUGAAAGGAUCGCUUGUGAUACAUAUGCAACCAUUCAUAGAUUUGACAUUACGAAGCUGAGAAACAUGGCUAGACUUAUUUCUCAUCUGCUUUUCACUGAUGCGAUAAACUGGACGAUUUUCUCCGAUGUUCGACUUACUGAGAGCGACACUACCUCAUCAGGCCGCAUUUACCUCAAAUAUAUUUUCCAAGAGUUAUGUGAAUCCAUGGGACUUGCAAAGCUUUAUGAGCGCAUCAGUGAUCCGACGUUGCAGACAGCCUUCGCUGGUUUGUUUCCGCGUGAUAACCCGCAGAAUACACGAUUUGCGAUCAAUUUCUUUACUCUUACUGGUCUAGGUGGCCUCACUCUUGUGACUUAUUUAUUGCCUGUUUCUUUCAUGAGAAGGUACCGAUCGCGGGUUGAUAGCCUAACGUUCCAAGUUUUGAUCACAACUCAGUAUUGUUAUAAUUUAUUUCACUAA